CACACUUUCCCCUGACCUUCUUCCCCAUCCUGCCGCCUGUUCCGGCCUGUCGCCGUCCGUCUUGGCGUCUUCCCCGCUGCAACGACGUCCUCACCCCACUCCACCAGCCUCCAAGAUCCGCACGUUUGGAGAUGUCUCGCCGCAAGGAGAGACUAGGCGUCGCGAUGGUACGGAAGGGGCGCGGCCUCAGUGGGAGAAGGGGGCGUUCCUCUGCCGCUGCUCAUCGACGGCACUGGUGGCUGCACUUCCGCCGCUAGGUGGUCUUCUCCUCGCACGGAUUGGUUUCGGCAGCAGGUUCGAGUGAUUCCAGCGGCCUAUUUCAUGGUGAGUCUUUUCAGUUUUUCUUAAUGAAUUUUCAGUGGUCAGUGUCAGUGGACAUUCGGUUAAUACUAGUACUUUGGCAACUCCUAGAUUAGGAACUUUCAGGGGAGUUCCUAAAUUUUUUUGGUGGAUGUCAGGCGAGGAUUCUUGCUGACGGGAUGGGAAUGCAUGGAGUUCUAACAAAACAUUAUAGGCCACAAAGUUAAAGUACAUUGUAGGUUCCCACAAAUCAAUCCUAUAUGCAGCAACAAAAUAAUGUUGGUUGACAAGAUAGAGAGACCAACAGUUGGAGAAGCUGUUACUUCGAAUGGGGCUGCUUACUCUCUCCCCGUAGUGACGGUCAUAGUAAUAGAUUGUUGGAGAUGCCCUAAGCUAUAGGCUGAAAAAGGAGGAGCCGCAGUCACUGCCUCUGAAAGUCAUUUCAUCCCAUCCACUACCAUAUUCCAAACGAAUGUAACUUCUGGAUAUACAUUUCCUCUGUUUGAACUGCAUUAAUUGCAUUCACCAUCAGCGUAGCUAGCGGUUGAAGAUAUGUCAUGUGCACACACAAACGUCAACGCGGUCCAUGUCGAAUACAGUCAACAACGCAAUUAAGUUCACUUCCUGUUGACGCAUGGAAAACCAAGCAAUAAUCAACGUCCACGUGACAAGCAUUGAUAUUCUAUUCUUCUUUUGAGCGGAAUCAUCACAGAGAACCAGUCACAAUGAUCUGAAACCGAAAAGCUUAUAUCGCAUCAAUCGCAGAAAAUUAUGCCAGCCAGAUUGGACUCAGCCAAGGUCUUCGCUGCAGGUGAGAGGCAAGUGCGUAGGAGUGUUAGGCUGCUUUAAAUGUGUUUAUAAACCCCUGGAGAACCGAGCCAGAUGAGUACCCAACUCACACACCACCAUCACCGGGCUUCGGCGUUCUGCUCUCAGACACAAGAGUCAUAUUCAUAGUACGUCCUGAGAUCAUGGCGAAUUCCAUGGUGCCAACGCUGCUACAUCGCCUGGUUCUCGCGUUGCUCCUCCUGCUGCUGCCUCUCCUUAAUUCCGGGCAAGCCGAGGGCCGCGGCACUUCACCGAGAUCUCAAGCUGGGGCACUUCUCCACUGGAAAUCAUCCAUCAAGUACUCCUCCAAGCACCAGCUGGGAACCUGGGGAGACGACGGCAUGUACCCGUGCAACUGGACCGGCAUCACCUGCGGGGACACUCUGUCACGCAGAGGAACCAUGGUGAAGGUCAUCACAGGAAUUUCCCUUGAUGGCGCCGGCAUUGCAGGGCGACUGGACAAACUGGGAUUCCAGUCGCUCCCUUACCUUGUCAACCUCGAUCUCAGCAACAACUACCAUCUCUCCGGUGCCAUCCCUCCAGGCAUCGGCUCUCUUUCCAUGCUUUCCACCCUCAACUUCUCUGGUGAUCAGCUCACCGGGCACAUACCUGCAUCAUUCUGCAACCUUGGACAGCUCACAGGGAUGGACCUCUCCAGCAACAAUCUCACCGGACAAAUCCCUCCUGCUUUAGGUAAUCUCUCAAGACUUGCUUUUCUUUAUCUACGCGGGAAUAGGCUCUCAGGUAACAUCCCCUGGCACCUCGGACAGCUUCAGAACAUGAGAGAGAUGGAUUUGAGCCUUAAUGACAUUUCUGGCCAUGUACCUUCCGCCCUUGCAAACCUGACCAACCUUGACUAUCUGGACCUUUCUGAAAAUCGUCUGUCAGGACCCAUACCUAAAGAGCUAGGACACAUCCAAACCCUGCAAGUACUACACUUGGAGAAAAACAAUCUGAGCGGCACAAUUCCGCCCUCCCUUGGUAACCUGACAGUGCUCACAUACCUGACGGCAUAUCGGAACCAAUACACUGGCCCAAUACCGGCAGAGUUUGGGAUGCUCUCGAGCUUGAUUGGGUUGGACUUGUCAGAUAACCAUUUGACCGGCCCUGUUCCUUCUAGUGUUGCUGGAAAUCUUACUUCAGUGACCUAUUUUUCUCUUUUUGGUAACCACAUAACCGGAUCCAUCCCUCAUGAGUUUGGGAAUCUCGUGAAUCUGGAAACCCUUGCCCUCUCGGACAAUUUGAUAGUUGGAUCAGUGCCGUCAAGUAUUGGGAACAUGUCUUCACUCAAACAAUUAAUAAUACAUAACAAUAGUAUCUCAGGGGAACUGCCGACCGAGUUUGGAAAUUUGGUAAAUUUGGAGUAUCUUAUGUCCUAUGAAAACCAAUUGUCCGGCUCAAUCCCUCCAAGUUAUGGAAAAUUGGUCAAGAUGACACAAAUGCGACUGUUCAACAACCAGCUCUCCGGCCCUGUGCCUCCAGCACUGUCCAACCUUACCAAUUUAGUCGUCAUUGCACUGGAUGACAACCAGCUGAUCGGACACUUGCCAGAUUUGUGCCAAAGUAAAAAGCUACAGGUUUUACAAGUUCAUAACAACAAUUUAGAUGGUCCUGUCCCAAAAGGCUUGAGGGAUUGCAGUUCACUAACAUCGCUCAUGAUCGCCAAUAAUCAUAUUGAGGGAGACAUAACUGAAGCAUUUGGUGUGUAUCCACACCUCGAUACGAUCAAUUUAUCUUCAAAUAGAUUUGUUGGGAAGCUCUCGCCGAAUUGGGGCUCAUGUCAAAACUUGACAAGUAUUAAUUUUGCACACAACAUGAUAGAAGGCAGUAUACCUUCUGAGGUUGGGGUGCUAAAAAAUCUUGGAAAGCUUAAACUGAGUUUCAAUAGGUUGACCAGUGAGAUACCACCAGAAAUUGGCAAGUUAAGCAACCUCUAUUGGAUGGAUUUAAGAAACAAUGAACUAUCUGGCCAGAUCCCUAAGCAAAUCGGCCAACUUAGCAAUCUUGAGAUUCUUGAUUUCUCAAGCAACCUGUUGAGCGGUAAAGUGCCAGAAGAGAUGGGAAAUUGUUUGAAACUGCAGUCCUUACAUAUGAAUAACAACAGCCUUAGUGGAAGUCUUCCUGGUAGUUUGGGCCAUUUAGCUUCCCUGCAAAGAAUGCUUGAUCUUAGCAUGAAUAGUCUCAGUGGACCAAUACCGUCAGAACUCAGCAACCUAGAGAUGCUGAUGUAUGUAAACUUCUCACACAAUCAAUUCAGUGGUGCAAUCCCUGCCUCCAUUGCAAGCAUGCAAAGCCUAUCAAUAUUUGAUGUUGCAUAUAACCUCCUAGAAGGCACUGUCCCAAAUGGGAUCCAGAAUGCAUCAACUGAAUGGUUUCUCCACAACAAAGGUCUUUGCGGAGACCUUGUUGGACUGUCUCCUUGUGAUUUGCCCCCUGCAGAUCAUAGGCGAAAGCACCAAAAGAUUAUACUACCAGUCAGUCUUACUAUGUUUGUCGCUACUAUUUCAAUAACAGCAGGUGUGAUUGCCUUUAUGAUUUGCCGCAAGAAAGUACCUCAAAAUACUGAUGAUGUGAGCAAAAGGGAUGUAUUCUCUGUAUGGAGCUUUGAUGGCAGAAUAGCAUUUGAAGAUAUUAUCAAUGCAACUGACAAUUUCGAUAAGAAACAUUGCAUUGGAGAGGGAUCAUACGGCAGUGUUUAUAAAGCAGAACUUCAAGAUGAACAAGUGGUCGCAGUAAAGAAACUCCAUGCAGGCGAUGAAGAGGCACAUGAUGAAGAAAGAUUCCGGCAUGAGAUUCAAAUGUUAACAACAAUUCGCCAACGCAGCAUCGUCAAGCUAUAUGGAUAUUGUUCUCAUCCGCGGUUCCGGUUCCUUGUGUGCCAGUUUAUGGAGAGAGGAAAUCUAGCUUCAACCUUAAGAAAUGAACAACUAGCAAUCCAGUUCCACUGGCAAAGGAGGACAGCUUUAAUAAGAGAUCUGGCUCAAGCCAUCGCUUACCUCCAUCAUGAUGUUCACCCACCCAUAAUUCAUCGAGACAUCACAAGCAGAAACAUCUUACUAGAUACUGAUUUCAAAGCAUUUGUCUCAGACUUCGGUAUUGCAAGAAUGUUAAAACCUGAUUCGUCAAACUGGAGUGCACUAGCAGGGACCUAUGGCUACAUAGCACCUGAAUGUUCCUACACUUCCCUAGUUACAGAGAAAUGUGAUGUGUAUAGCUUUGGUGUUGUGGUGCUUGAGGUGUUGAUGGGCAAACACCCUGGAGAUUUGCAGGCUUUUCAUUCUUCACUCGAGGACCAGUUUCUACUGGAAGAAAUUUUGGACAAACGACUUCCACAACCCGAAGCUGGGGAGGAAGAAGUGAGACGGUGCAUCUCUGUGGCAUUUGAGUGCCUAACUCCUUCACCCAAGGAAAGGCCAAGUAUGCUGAAAGUUUAUCGAGAUCUUUCCAUCUGAAGUCACAUGUUAAAUUCUUCCAGAUGUAGCAUCUUAGCCUUGUUUAAUUCUGAAUUAAACUUAGGCUAACUUAGCUGUCCAAGCAUUUUCAAAACGAAUAAAUUAUACAGUGUAACUUCAUCUUGAACUUAGCUGUCGAUAUAGAGUUUAACAUCGUCACCCAUAUAUGUCUGCUGAGCGUCGUAGAAUAUAUGGGUCAUGAUGUUACACUGUAUAAUUGUUCUAUCGAUGAUCAUACAGAUCAUGGAUCAAGCUUAUGAUAAUAUUUUCAGAGUAGGUUCGAAGUGAUGAUAAUAGUCUCAUAUGUGUUGGACACUC